AUGAAACCGUUCAUCACCCCUCCCUCCGCGCAGAAUCGCCAAGUGAUCACACUGGCCGCUGGCAUCGGCAUUAUUUUCCUCCUCUACCAAGCCUGGGGUCUCCAUCAUGACCGCCAGCUCUCCCUCUAUUACGAAGAUACGCCAGCACCAACCCGAACAGGAUUCGAUGCAAUCCCAAAGAAGAUAUGGUACAAGCUUGGGCCAAGAGGACUCAGCCCGGAUGCGGUAGCGUGGACUGGCAGCUGCAUGACACAUAAUCCCGCAUAUUCAGUCGAAUACAUGACGGACCUAUCCGCCGAUGCUUGGGUCGCAAAGACAUUCGCGCAUCGUCCUGACCUUGUGGAGGCCUUUCUUGCACUCAACGUAAAAAUCAUCAAGGCCGACUGGCUCCGCUACCUCCUGCUCUACGCCGAGGGAGGAAUGUGGUCGGACCUCGACGUGUCCUGCAACUCCCCUAUCGAGAGCUGGAUUCCUGCACAGUACAGAGACAACAUCUCGAUGGUUGUUGGCUGGGAAUUCGACACACCUUGGGGCGGCACAGGGCAGGCCUUACAUGAGCUUGCCACAUGGACGGUUCUCGCGGCACCUGGCUCCCGUCACAUGUUGACUGCGAUCGACGGCCUGUUGAAAGGAGUGCAAGACGUUGCAAGAGACAACGGCGUCGACGUGGCCGGGAUCACAGCCACACCGCCCAUGAUGGGAGACAUCGUCACCUUCUGUGGACCCAGGAGGAUGACAAGGAGCAUCUUCCAGAGCCUGCAACAGGAGAUGAACUUGUCUGACGAUGAGUUUCGAGCUGUGGAGGAAGGUUCAUGGUUUCUUGUCGAGCCCAAGCUUGUGGGCGAUGUUCUGAUCUUACCGGGAUACGCAUUCUCCCGAACUAUGAAUUUCUACGAUGAGGCGAUCACCGCCGCCCUCCCUCCUCCACUGGUCGAGCACCAUUAUGCAGGUAGUUGGAAAAACGACCAGGGUGGCGAACCUCCUUUUUAA